UAAAAAUUUACAUUGUAUUUUUUGAUAAAAAAUAAAAAAACAUAGAUAUUUUUGUCAUUUUUCCUUUAUUUUAAUUAUGUUGUUAGCCCUAAGCAUAAUUAGGAAUUAAGUAUUCCUAGUCGUCAAUUGGGUUUGUUUCAUUUUAUCUAAAAAAAAUUGAAAAAAGAAAAGGCAACUCCAAUCAUAAGCUAACUAAAUCUCUACGUGACAGACCAAAAAAUAAAUAUAUAAAUACUCUACGUGUCAUUGGCUUUCGGAAUGCCCUAGAUCAUAUAACUUAACUGCCCCAUAUUCCAGUAUCUCCUUCCAGGUUGGAAUUAGAAUAUCCCAUCACUAAAAUUAUAAGCCAAUUCUGUUACCAUAUAUAGCAAAACAAUAAAUACUACCCAUUUUUCCAAUUAGGGUUCUUUUGUUCAAGCUCUUUUCUUUUCUUUUUGUUUUUUCUUUGUCUGAAGACAAUUUGUCUGUAGUUUGUUGGAGUUGGAAGACUUAGUCACCUCAUAUUUCCUAUUUUAGAUGAGAAAAGUAUGGUUUAACAAAUCAUAAGAGUUAGUACGGCAGGUGUAGUGCCAUUAUUCAUCUCUUACUCUUGUUUUUUAAUUAUAUUCUGGAAAGAUCAUUAUUCAUCAUACAUCUGUAAUUAACAUGAACACAUGUAGGUAGAUGAUUAGUGGGUGUUGAUUGUGUAAGUGGGCCUACCAUGCCACUAACAACUGGUUAACCACUACUGUUCUUUAUGACUGUUGUGCUUGUGCUUGUGCAGUGCAUGUAUUAUAUAUAUACUUGCAUCUGCCAACUCAAAUUUGCCUUACAAAAAAACCUGCCCUUCAAAGAAUUCCUUCUUGACUCAUAUCCCUAGCUAGCAGAAUGAAAACUGAUGCUAUUGAGCUUGGUGUGGCCAAGGAUUCGACCCCAAUAGGUGGGGCGAAUAGAGGGGUCUCCAUACUGGACUUUAUCUUGAGACUAGUUGCAUUAGUUGGUACUCUAGCCAGUGCAAUUCUUAUGGGAACUACGAACGAAACACUUCCUUUCGCUACACAAUUUAUUCGUUUCAGGGCUGAAUAUGAUGAUCUUCCAACUUUCACGUUUUUUGUAGUUGCCAAUAUUGUUGUUAGCGGAUAUCUGCUCCUUUCUCUUCCACUUUCUAUCGUCAACAUUGUAAGAAGCACUGCAAAAAACAGAAGAAUUAUUUUGAUCAUCUUUGAUACGGCGAUGCUGGCUCUUUUAACUGCUGGCGCAUCAGCAGCAGCAGCUAUUGUAUACUUGGCACACAAGGGUAAUACUAGGGCAAACUGGUUUGCUAUCUGCCAACAGUUCAAUUCUUUCUGCGAGCGAAUCUCUGGCUCCUUGAUUGGAUCCUUUGUAGGAGUAGCUGUGUUCAUACUGCUAAUCUUGAUGUCUGCUUCUGCCCUUUCCCGGCGAAACUAAUCGAUCCUCUGCAUCUGAUUAGAGAGUGUGCUGCGUGUUUUCACUUUGUAUUUUGCAAGUGUGAGUUUAGAAUAGUCUGAUUUAAUGUCAUAUUAUCGCAUAUGUUUUCUCUGCUUUGAUAUGUAAUGCAAUGAAGUUGCCAUGUAAUUUGAAUGUUGACAUGAACAACACGAGUUGAUUUCAUGUGGGCUAAGUAAAAGAACUUUUUUUUUUUCUUUUGAAACUUCCGAAGAGAAGGAUAUCAAGGAUUGAAUAUUCCUGAUACUUGGAAUGCACUACAAGACAAAACAAAUACAUCAGAGUAAGAUCUUGAGUUAUAUAUAUAUAUAUAUAUAACUCAAGAUCUUACUCUGAUGAUAUAUAUAUUAUGUGUGUGUGUGUGUCUUUCAGACAAUCAAUGAUUUGUCAGGGGUUAACUCACAUUAAAGGAAAAAUAGGAUACCUUUUCAUUUUGUAUGUAUGUAAAGAACUUCCCAGUUCCAAGGUAAGCAGUUAGACAAUUAUCAAAAAGGACAUUAUUUAUGUAUGUCUAAUGACACAACUACUCUGGUCAGUAGGGUUAUAACAGCUUUGUGUAUAAUUAAUAACAAGUCAGGAAAUGCAUAGAGG